AUUUUUGGUUCGGCGUAUUUCGGAUAGGAUCGGAGGCGCGCGCUCGCUGGUUCGGUGCCGCCAUUUUCCUCCAGUGAGGGAGAGAGUCGUUCGGCCGUGCUUCACAAGCGUUUCUCCGUUAAUUAUUGGUUCUUUCGUUUGACAAUUGUGUAAUUAUCGCGAGUGUGGGGUGUCGGGUGGGUGUUUGGGACCCUUGGGCCCAUAUUUGUGUAAUAAAAAGCCCAGAAUCUAUAAUAAAAUCCCGGUGAAACCGGGACCAAACACCGCCAAGUUGGCCCAACGUUGUGUACCCGUGAAUUCGAAGGGUGUAUGCCAGCUAAUAUACCUCUUAAAUCAUCUAAGAGAAAUAUUUAUUCCUAUUAAAAAGGAGCUGCUCUGCAAAAAAUCGUGAUGCGUUGGAGGUUCGGCGGUCCCUGUCCAAAAACCGACCGGAAGUCAGCUUUGCAAAAAGAGUUUGUGUGACAAAAGCAAAUAUUGUGACUACGAAGAAAAAAAAAACUUUUACAAAGACUUUGUUUGAAGUAAAAGUAGUAAACGGGAAAACAAGAAUCACAAGAGGAAGUUACGAGGGAUUGUGAAACUCCUAGCGUAGGAGUUUGAUAAAAUUUAAAGAAAGAUAUUGAAAAUAAAAUAAAUAAAAAUAGGGGGGGCUGUUUGACCGAUGGACAAACGGAAGAUGAUGCCCAAACGCCCUCGUAUGGAUAGCCUGAGGGGUCCGAUUGCUAAUGGACCCAUUCAGACCAGACCGCUUGUCGCCCUUCUCGAUGGCCGAGACUGUUCCAUUGAAAUGCCUAUACUCAAAGACGUUGCCACAGUGGCCUUCUGUGACGCUCAAUCUACUUCAGAGAUUCACGAAAAGGUAUUAAAUGAAGCAGUGGGUGCAUUGAUGUGGCACACUAUUAUCCUGACAAAGGAAGACCUUGAAAAAUUCAAAACUCUUCGCAUCAUUGUGAGGAUUGGCUCCGGAGUGGACAAUAUUGACGUAAAAGCAGCUGGUGAACUUGGUAUUGCUGUAUGUAAUGUACCUGGAUACGGGGUUGAAGAAGUAGCAGAUACCACUUUGUGUCUGAUUCUAAAUCUCUACCGACGUACCUACUGGCUUGCAAAUAUGGUCCGUGAGGGCAAGAAAUUCACAGGACCUGAACAGGUGAGAGAAGCAGCGCAAGGCUGUGCAAGGAUACGUGGAGACACACUCGGUAUCGUUGGGCUUGGUAGGAUUGGCUCAGCUGUCGCGCUACGUGCCAAGGCAUUUGGCUUCAAUGUCAUCUUCUAUGACCCGUACCUUCCCGACGGCAUCGAAAAGUCCCUGGGUCUCACUAGGGUUUAUACGCUACAGGACCUCCUGUUCCAAUCAGACUGUGUAUCUUUACACUGCACCUUGAACGAGCACAAUCACCACCUAAUCAACGAAUACACGAUCAAACAGAUGAGACCCGGUGCGUUUUUGGUUAAUACAGCGCGAGGUGGUUUGGUCGACGAUGAUGCGUUAGCUGCAGCGCUCAAACAGGAGCGUAUCCGUGCUGCGGCACUUGACGUCCAUGAGAAUGAGCCCUACAAUGUCUUUCAGGGUCCGUUGAAGGAUGCACCAAAUCUGUUGUGCACACCACAUGCUGCGUUCUAUAGCGACGCAAGUUGCACAGAACUUCGUGAAAUGGCUGCCAGUGAAAUAAGACGUGCUAUUGUCGGUCGCAUUCCCGAUUGUCUUCGCAACUGUGUGAACAAGGAGUACUUCCUAUCAUCUACUGGUAGUUAUCCAGAAGGGAUUAACGGUGGUUACUACACAGGAGCUCUACCUGUACAGCAAGCGCAUUCGACGACCCCUCAUGACUCGGCCCCGCCGCCUCCCGGUGGUCAUUCAGUUGUCGGAGGGGGUGGAGGAGGCGGUGGGCCUAAUUCUUCCGCAGGGGCUGGCGGUGGAGGUGGACCCACGGGACCAACUGGCCCCUCAGUUGGUGGCGGAGGUGCGGGAGGUCCAGCUUCUGCGCCUCCAGCCGGUGGGUUGCCUGUUCUACCCCACAGCAUAGUGAGCGAGCCUGACCCCCGACCCAGUCCUUCUGCCCCUAGCCCACGUUGACCUUAAACCCCUCGCAGACAUCUUUAAAAUCUUCACGCUCCACUUAGCCCUUGCCCCCGUUUCCCAUUUCCCCUGGAUUCAAUCACAAUAUUCUCCUUCGAUUCGUUUACAAUAGAUACCAAUCCGUUUACUUAUCUAUAAUUCCCCUCUCCUCUACUCCUCAUACAAGAAACGUGGAAAAUUCAUUGACAGUGCGUUUCGAAACAAAAGACCGCAUCUUCCCCUCACUUACCCCCAAUAUUUCCAUUUAUCUUUGAGAAAAAAAAGAAAAAAAAUACAAGUUUUUUCGUCAAAAAAAAGUAAAAAAAAUCACAAAAAAAUAUUCAAACUACGUUAUUAAUAGCAUCUCUUGGUAGUUGCUGUUUACAUUUGUGGACCUUUUUUUUAUCUUUCAAAAUGCGUUUUGAAGAAGAAAAGAUAAAGAUGACAAUGAUGAAGAUGAUGAAAAAAAAUCCAUCAAAAAAAGAAAAUACAAAAAAAAUAAAUAAAUAAUAAUACAAACUUAAUGAAAAGAAGAAGAAUCAUAAUGAUAACAAAAACCUCUCCUAGCCAAUCGGAACGUUUUAUCUAUAUGUGGAAUUGAAUAUACAUGACAAUUGCAAGAAGUGUGUAAAACUGUGGAUAAAAAAAAAAACAAAAAUGAAAACUAAGAAAAAAGAAUUCUAAUCGAUAGUAGCACAUUGACGAACGAGGAUGGGUGACACUGACAAACAUCACGCUCGGAUUUAGAUUUAAAAUAUAUCACUUGUGUCUGUAAAUCUUUUUCUCGUUGGUUGAUAUUUUUUCAAUUGAAUUCUGCAUAGGUAUAUGGAAUUGGCGAAUAUAUAUCUACUUUUACUAACUUGCCUGUCAUCUUCUAUUUCUCCGAUGAAACGAUCAGUGGAGCGUCGUGAUUAUUUCUACAAUAUCUGCACGGUAUUCUGAUGCUUUAAAAGUUUCAAUUGUAUACAUGCAAGUUGGAGUGUAACCGAUGAGGUGUUUCGGAAGUGUCACGCAAAGCCGAUUCCAAUUAUAGCGUUUAAAUAUUUGUACUGGUAGAUGAAAUUUCAUGGUUUGUUUAGCGGAUUUGACUUGUAAUUUAUAGAAGAAUAGAGAGAAAGAAAGAGAGCGAGAGAGAGAGAGAGAAAGAACUGUAGAUAGCAUUGGUUUCGUGUUUUUCUUUUUUCUUGUAAUUUACAAUAUUUUUCUAAAUUUACAUAUUAUAAGAAAUAGCAGAUGGCCCCCGCCCAUUUGACUUAAUUUUUUUUUACAGCUACCGUUGUAAACUGUAUAUCAACUGAGUAAAGUUCCAUUUAAAGAAGUUCUGGAGAUUCAAAUGUUUAGCGCAUGCAGUUAUAGGCGGAUCACAAAGCAUUGCAUUGCAUUAUGAAUACGUACAGCCUCUAUUUUUCAACUGAAUAAUCAAAAAUGAUGUGCGCUGAAUUUGGAAGUACGUUCGCCUAGAUAUAUUCAUCUAUGCCAACUCCUGUGCGGUAAUACUUUCCUUAGAAUUUAAAUUGAAAAUCGCAGGACUGUCGACACGUCAAUUUUAAUUUGUUUGUUAAAAGGAAAUGCGUAACAGGACGAUAUUUUUUGCCUUUUAAGUUUGAAACGUUUGUUUUUGAAGAAAAUCUGACAGAAGAUAUUAUCCAUCAAGAAUAUUUUUGUGUUUCUGAGACCAUGAAUGAAAAAAUAACAUAAAUAAACAGUAACUUGUGCUUUUCAGUGAAUAUUAUCGAUUAAGAAUUUUAAGAGCGAGAGUAAUAAGUGAGAAAGUGAAUAAGUGAAAAAGUGAGAGAGAAAAAGAGAGAAAGAAAUAUAGAACAAGCAGAAACAUGGUUUAUUAAUUGAUAAUUAUUAUAUGAUUAAUUAUUAUAUUAAGUAAAAGGUAAUGCGAUGUUACGAACACUUGAUGAAGUAUAUUAUCGAGAGGCAAAUCAUGAAGUUGUGAAAUGGAGAAGAAACAAUUUUUGGAGAAAAAAAUUAUGGAAAGCGAUAAUCAUAAUAAUUGAAUAAAAAAAGAUAAAUACAAAAAAAAGAAUAUACGAAAAAAUGAGAACAUGAAAAAUCUAUUUUAGAGAUACACAUAUCUAUCCGGUUGUUUCGAUCUGUUGUUUUUCUUUUUUUUUUCCUUAAAUUUUCAACUUAAGUGGCAUUACAAAUUACAUUACUCGUAGGGUAAAUCUUCGAGAGAUCAUACGUAUGUGAAAUGCUUCCAGAUGUUUCGUCGUAUAGCUGGAAACUAAUGAGGAUUUUUUAGAUUUAUAUAAAUUAUAUUUGUGGCAGCUGCAGAGAAAGUUUGGCACAGCCAUUGGUCCAAAAAUGAUGAAAAGUGAGAAACGUCCAGCUUCUAAAUAUACACAUUUAUACAUCUA